CUGUAGUAUCAGACAAUGUUUCGCAAGAAGAAGAAGAAGAGGCCGGAGAUUUCAGCGCCGAAGAACUUCGAGCAUCGCGUGCAUACGUCGUUCGAUGCGAAGCGAGGAGUCUUCGUCGGUCUUCCCACACAAUGGCAGAGUUUAAUAGAAAACCUGCGGAGACCCAAACCCAUGGUGGACCCGUCCCGGAUCACGCCGGUGGAGCUCAAACCAAAGAAGACCAUCGUGCGUGGCAGCAUGAUCGGCCACGGAGACUAUAUAUCAGCCAUGCUGUCAGACAUGAGCCGUCUGUCCGUCACCAGCUCCAACUCCCUGCGCAGGAGCAGCCCGUCGGCCCGUAGGAGAGCCCAGUCGCUCGGACGCCUCGGAGAGGUCAGCGAGGCUGAUGUGUAUCAGUACGAAGCCCUGGACGAGCCUGACCCUCACUGGGACGACAAAUCACGCAACUUUCACAGUGAGAGCAGCACGCCGUACAUGGGUCCGAAGAAGAGCGUGAUGCUGCAGCCCAACGGCGUUCUGCCCCGCGCCAAAUCCACUUACGAGGUCAGCAUGAGCGCUCUGGACAGGCCUCCUCCUCCUCCGGCGCUCCCGGCCCCCCCGCCGCCCCCCAUCCCUGUCCCGGAGCCGCCCAGGGCCGUGUACCUCGGAGGGGACAUCGGGAGCCCGACGGAGAGGCUCAUGAUGAGACGAGAGUUUCCCAUCAUGUUCUCACACAACCAGAGACCCAUCACCUGCUUCUACAGUCCCACAAUGCCACACGGAGACGCUCUCACACCGGACAGACUGCUGGUCCAUCCGCAGAACAGCCCGGGGAGACCGUACUCCUCUUACGACCUGAAGGGCGACGCAGCCAUGAGACUCCAGCCUGGAUAUCUGCACAGCGGCACCAGCAGUCCCCUUGUGAGUGGCACCAGACCUCACAGAGCGGUGCGUUCCUCCUCCAGCUACACCAUCGGCCUCUCGCCCAACAUCAGUUACCGGCCCACCGGGCCAGACCCCUUCAUGAGACACUCAGGCUGCCCAAACCCAGGUCUCUACCCCAGACAGGACAGUCCGUCUCAGCCCCGGCCGUCUCCCACUGGCUCUCUGGCCAACAGCCCUCCGGGAACCUGCUCGCCCGCAUUCAGACCCCCGCAGCACCCCUCGCCCCGACCGCCGCCCGACCCGCCCAAAGUCACCCACGAGCAGUUCAAGGCAGCGCUGCAGAUGGUCGUGGAUAAAGGAGACCCGCGGUCAUAUCUGGAGAACUUUGUGAAGAUCGGCGAGGGUUCGACGGGUGUGGUGUGCAUCGCCCGAGAGAAACACAGUGGACGGGUGGUGGCUGUCAAGAUGAUGGACCUCAGGAGACAACAGCGCAGAGAACUGCUCUUCAAUGAGGUGGUGAUCAUGAGAGAUUACCAGCACAGGAACGUGGUGGAGAUGUUCAAGAGUGCUCUGGUGGAGGAGGAGCUCUGGGUCAUCAUGGAGUAUCUCCAGGGAGGAGCUUUAACAAACAUCGUGUCUGAAACCAGGCUGAGCGAGGAGCAGAUCGCCACCGUGUGUGAGGCUGUGCUGCAGGCGCUGGCCUAUCUCCACUCGCAGGGCGUCAUACACCGAGACAUCAAGAGCGACUCCAUCCUGCUCUCGCUGGACGGACGAAUCAAGCUGUCAGACUUUGGCUUCUGCGCUCAGAUCAGUAAAGAUAUCCCGAAGAGGAAGUCUCUGGUGGGAACGCCGUACUGGAUGGCUCCGGAGGUCAUCUCCAAAUCACCGUACGGAACAGAGGUGGACGUGUGGUCUCUGGGCAUCAUGCUGGUGGAGAUGGUGGACGGAGAGCCUCCGUAUUUCAGUGAGACGCCGGUGGCUGCCAUGAAGCGCCUGAGAGACGAGCCGGCACCCACCGUACGCAACCUUCAUCAGGUGUCCCCGGUGCUGAAGGACUUCCUGAAGCGCAUGCUGACCCGGGAUCCUCUGGAGCGGGCGAGUGCCACUGACCUCCUGGAGCACCCCUUCCUCCUGCAGGCCAGCUCUCCGCAGUGUCUGGUGCCCCUAGUGGAGCAGUACCGCAAGCGCAUGUCCCGCUGCUGAAACCCCUGCUAACAUCAGAGCCCCGCGGUGUCCCUGAGAGGAGAUAACCAGUGUGAGACGCACCUCACGCUCCCCGGAGCAAUCACCUUUGAGAUGGCUGCUGUGAGAAAUGAACUCUAUAAAGCCAUUUUCUUCUACCUGAGGAUGUCUUAGUGGUGCUUCAAAGGAGGUGAAUCAGAGA